AGCUAGCACACCUGAUUCAACCUGUCAACGAAUCAUCAAGCCUUUGACUAGAUGAAUCAGGUGGUAGUGAAUGCGGUAGAGUCCCAGUCUAGGUAUGGAGCAGUGUGCGUGUGUGGAGCGGGAGCUGGAGAAGGUCCUCCAUAGGUUCGUCAUGUACGGACACCAGUCAGAGGAACGGCUGGACGAACUACUACGCAGCGUCUGUGAGCUACGGGGACAGCUGGUUACAUUCGGGGUACAAGAUGCAGAUCUUUCGGUGCUGUCUCAGACGAUGGCCCAGUGUUGUAAGAACAUUAAAGAAACAGUACAGCUGCUGGCCUCCAGACACAAGGACAUCCACGGCAGUGUCUCCAAAGUCGGCAAAGCUAUCGACAGGAACUUUGAUGCAGAGGUGAGUGCAGUGGUGGCAGAGACAGUGUGGGACUCACCUGAGAGACAGAAGUACCUGAGUGAGACCAUUGUGGAACACCUGUACAGACAAGGCAUGCUGAGCGUGGCAGAGGACCUAUGUCAGGAGUCUGGAGUAGUGAUUGACAUGAGCAUGAAGCAGCCAUUCUUGGAACUCAACAGGAUCCUGGAGGCCUUGAGGAUGCAGGACCUCAGACCAGCACUGGAGUGGGCAGUAACAAACCGGCAGCGCCUGCUGGACCUGAACAGUACCCUGGAGUUCAAGCUGCACCGCCUCUACUUCAUCAGCCUGUUAAACGGAGGCAUCACCAACCAGCUGGAGGCGCUACAGUACGCCAGGCACUUCCAGCCCUUCGCCUCACAGCACCAGAGAGACAUCCAGAUCCUCAUGGGUAGUCUGGUGUACCUGCGGCACGGCAUAGAGAACUCUCCCUACCGCUCUCUGCUAGAGACCAACCAGUGGGCUGACAUCUGUAACAGCUUCACCAGGGACGCCUGCGCUCUGCUGGGGCUAUCUGUAGAGUCACCUCUCAGUGUCAGUUUUGCGUCAGGCUGCAUGGCUCUACCAGUCCUGAUGAACAUCAAACAGGUGAUUGAACAGAGACAGUGUAGCGGAGUCUGGACACACAAGGACGAGCUGCCUAUUGAGAUAGACCUGGGGAAGAAGUGCUGGUACCACUCCGUGUUCGCCUGUCCCAUCCUCCGGCAGCAGACGUCAGAGAGCAACCCUCCCAUGAAGCUCAUCUGUGGACACGUCAUCUCCAGAGACGCCCUCAACAAACUCACCAACGCUGGAAAACUGAAAUGCCCCUACUGUCCCAUGGAGCAGAACCCGUCAGAUGCCAAGCAGAUCUUCUUUUGAUCCCCCAUCCUGUUUCUGGAAACCCCCAGGCCCCAGGCAAAGUGGAGCCCCUUUGAGCUACAGUAGCUACCUGCUACCCCAGGACCCCUGUAAAUCCCCCAUCCUACCUCCUGAGAGAGAGAGAUCUCAAAAGGAUCAUUCAUUCAUUGACACUCAUUUUCAGCUGCCUGCAGAACUUACUAUAGGCUUAUUCUUGUUAAGGAUGUGAUGAUGCGUUAUCAUAGCGUAUCAAGUUGAGUUGUAGAGUUUUUGGACGACUGCUCUGUUCCUUAUUUCUUUCCUCUAUAUAUCCAUCUGUAGGCUUUCCUUAGAACACAGAAUCCUCUAUAUAUCCAUCUGUAGGCUUUCCUUAGAACACAGAAUCCUCUAUAUAUCCAUCUGUAGGCUUUCCUCAGAACACAGAAUCCUCUAUAUAUCCAUCUGUAGGCUUUCCUUAGAACACAGAAUCCUCUAUAUAUCCAUCUGUAGGCUUUCCUUAGAACACAGAAUCCUCUAUAUAUCCAUCUGUAGGCUUUCCUCAGAACACAGAAUCCUCUAUAUAUCCAUCUGUAGUCUUUCCUCAGAACACAGAAUGGUCGGUUGAAUGGAUGUUAGAGAGGUGAUGUGACAUUAUGGUUUUUAGGAAGUUGUCUGAUUUCAGGAGAGUAUUUAAACUUCUAUAUUACAGAGGUAAAGCUAAGUAGCCUCUGAGAAAGUAUAUUCACAUAUAUAUUGUAUUGAGAGGUUGUGAUUGGCUGAUAGGUUGAGGUGACCGUGGUUACAGUUUGUGAAUGGAACACUGAUUGUAAAAAAGUAAAAUUUUGCCUAUUGGCUAUGAUGUAAUAAAGGCCCUGAUUGGUUGAAAGUCACUAUGGGUUACAGUACAUGUAUCAGUGUGACGAUCAACAGUUGUGAUCGAUGGAGAGGUCGAGGGUCAAUUGGCUGAUUGAUUUUGCAACUGCCUCCAAUAACAAGAAUUUUCCUGUUUCUUGUUCUGUGUAGGCCGAUGUAUUUAACAAAAACAAAUUAUACUACUGUGAAGUCUGAUUUUGUUUUUAUUUAUCAUCGCUAGAAUCAAGUCUCCUGUAAAAUAGUGAAACCAUAAGUAACUUUAUACCUUUUUAUGAAAUAUAAUUCUGCCACAAAAUAGCAACAUCAGUAUUGGAUCCAUGAUCAAAUCCUUCUCCUUGGACCAAACGGAUAGCUCCCAGCCCAUGAAAUGGUGAUGUCAGCACCAGCAUCUCUUUAACAGCCGACACAUGGUAGCAGUCAGCCAUUAUAUCAACUCUGCACUGAUCUCCAGUCAGAAUGAAUGAUGGUAACAGGUCUUUAUUUGAUGGUUUGUGUGCGUACACGUUCGUUUUGUGUUUAGUUGAUUUGACAUUUUAUUUACUGCUUUUGGUU